CAUUCCCUGUUUCAUCUUCUUUGUAGCCCUUACCAGUAUCUCAGAUUCCCCCCGACUCUACGAGCCCCUCCAGACGAGGACUUAACCUUGAAGGGUGCCUGGCGCAGAGCAGGCGCUCAAUCAAGUCUGUCCCCGCCCGAUCCGCGCCCAGGGUGGACCCAGGCCCCGGGUCCCGCCUCUCUGCGCCGCGGCCCGCGGGCGGCCGCCCCUCGCCCACCCUCCCCCCGGCCCGCCCCGGGAACGGGGUUUGUAGUCGUGGACGUGACUGGGAGGAGUCUGCCCGCCUCGGAUUUCCGCACAAGGAGCCGGGCCGCGACCAUGGCGGAGCCCACGGUAUGCUCGUUCCUCACCAAGGUGCUGUGCGCCCACGGCGGCCGCAUGUUCCUGCAGGAUCUGCGCGGCCACGUGGAGCUCUCGGAGGCCCGGCUGCGGGACGUGCUGCGCCAGGCCGGGCCCGACCGCUUCCUGCUGCAGGAGGUGGAGGUGCGGGAGGACCCGUGGGACGCCGAGGCCGAGGUGGCGGCCGGCGAGGGCUGCGCGGGCGGCGGCGGCGGCGGCGGCGGCCCCUCGGCCUGGCGGGUUGUGGCUGUGUCCUCCGCGCGCCUCUGCGCUCGCUACCAGCGCGGCGAGUGCCAGGCCUGCGACCAGCUGCACCUCUGCCGCCGCCACAUGAUGGGCAAGUGCCCGAACCGCGACUGCUGGUCUACCUGCACCCUUUCUCAUGAUAUCCACAUACCUGUCAACAUCCAAGUCCUGAAAAACCAGGGACUGUUUGGUCUCAAUGAGGCCCAGCUUCGGAUCCUUCUUUUGCAGAAUGACCCCUGCCUUUUACCAGAGGUCUGUUUGCUCUACAACAAAGGUGAAGCCCUGUAUGGUUACUGCAACCUCAAGGAUAAAUGCAACAAGUUUCACGUGUGCAAGUCCUUUGUCAGGGGAGAGUGCAGGCUGCCGAAGUGCAAGCGGUCUCAUCAGCUAAUUCACGCUACAUCCCUACAGCUGCUGCAGGACCAAGGAUUGAAUAUUCCAAGUGUCGUUAAUUUUCAGAUAAUUGCUACCUACAAGCACAUGAAGCUGCACAAGAUGCUUGAAAAUAAAGAUAAUUCAGCUUCUUCUGCUGAGCAUUCCCAGGGCCUUGAGAAACAAGGAGUACACGUAGCUAGGGCUGCAGAGGCUGGUCCUCUGGUCUCUGGCCCUGCUGCGUCAGCCAAGAAGCCAUGUGCAGGUAAACCUUAGAGGAUGUCAGCGAAAUAAGAAGAACGUUGUCCAAUUGGAAGGUCUGAAAACAAAGCUUCUGUUGAGAUUUAAUUUGUAACCAUUCACUCAUUUAAUCGUUUAUUAAUAAUAGCCAUAAUGAUACCUACCUCACAGGUUGUGGUGAGAAUUAAAGAAGAUGGAGAAGGAGAAAAUGCCAGAUUGGGAGGAUAAAAUUGGGGGUGCGUGGUUGAGGAUGAGGUUAGACAUUGAACAGGCAAAGGGAGAGUAAAACCUGAGAGUAGAUGAGGUCAGUCCUGGGCAAAUCCUGCAGUUCCUGAGAGCUUUCCCCGGGCUGGCCGGCCAGAGCUCUUAAAGGGGCAGGCUCCUGCGGACUUGUUCUGAGACCCAGCCAAGUGCUUUUCUGUACGCCCAUAUACAUAGUUUUUACAUUGUGGUAUUCAGGGACUACAUACACUUUAUGCUCUUUUUUUUUUUUUUUGCUUAAUAUUCCAUAAGCAUCUCUCCAUAUUUGUUCACAUUUAUCAUGUGUAAUCAUUUUCAUGCACAGAUACACUAAUGUAUCAUCGUUUGCUUAACUAGUUCCAUUAUUCUGGGAUAUUUUGAUUCUAACAAAUUUUGAAUAUAACUCUUUUCUUAAAAUCCACACAAUAUUAAGUUUUUACAUUAUUCUUUACUUUUGCUUCACGUAUAGUUGCUGAAUGAUACUCUUGAUUUUCAUUUCUUUAAAAAUACAUGCGGGAAUUCCCUGGUGGUCCAGUGGUUAGGACUCUGUGCUUCCAUUGCAGGGGGCAUGGGUUAAAAAAAUAUAUAUAUAUAUAUAUAUAUAUGCAAGUAAAUAUUCUUCCGUAUGUCUUCUUUCCAUGUGUCUUUAUUUUGUGUAGUUUGUACAUGCCCUUUAAUUGCUGGGGCCCUCCUCUGUGCUGAUGUGACUUGGCCUUUAAUAGGCUCCUUAAUUUUCGUAAAAGCAUGUUGACUGGAUAUGAUAUGAUAUCCAACUCUCGUGGAUCCAUCCUUGGCCGACACUGCAGAGUAUAUAACUUACAGGUGCUCACCAGAGACUUCUACCUCACUCUGUGUACUCUCCAUUUCUUUUACCAAAGUCUCAGAUUCCUGUAGUAUGAAGGAUGCGUAGCUCAUACAUUCCUCUAAGUUGUAUCCAUUCUUUCUGUGAUCAGGAUGGACCAUCAGAAAUCUAUAUACCUCGCCCAUUCCAUACUGACUUCUCCCUUCCCCCCUUCUCUCUGCCCCUGCCCACCCAGCUGUCUCUUUUUAGUUGUACCUGGUGUUUAUUUCCUUGUUUUCAUCAAGGGGUACCACAGAGAAGCAGCUUUGUGAAAUUCUUUCCUGUGUUUGUUGUAUUAAUAGCCACAAAUGUUGGUGUGUAAAGUUUUUUUUUUUUUUUUUUAAUUUAACUGUCUGGCAAUAACAUAACGUUUGAGAAAUAGGGCCAACAUAGUGAGCUUUUCAUCAAGCUAAAUUUAUUUAACUUAGAUUUUUUUUUUUUUUUUUUCGGUACGUGGGCCUCUCACCGUUGUGGCCUCUCCCGUGGCGGAGCACAGGCUCCGGACGCGCAGGCUCA